GAGACGACGGAGCUCCAGACACAGCAGGAGCGCGCCGUGGCGGUGCAGUUUCAACCUCGUCCUCCCAGCCGCGCGCACACCGCUUCCUCCCCGAGCCGCGGGAACCGCAGCAGCUCCGGGCUGCUGCCGCCGGGCUCCGCGCGCCUGCCCGCUCGCCGCCGCCACCACCUCCCCUCGUCGGCGCUCAGCCCGCAGCUGUUUCCUCCUGCCAGCCUCUGAACUCUGGAUCUUUUCCUUUGCUCGCCUCUCGUAUUCUCCCCACCCUGUAUUUUCUGAACUCCUUUCCUUUAUCCUUAGCCACCCUGCCCUUUCCUCCUCUUUUUACGGAGGAUUUCUUCUUGACUGAAGAUGACCUGUCUUCCUUACCUUCGUUUCAGCCCUGAAGACUGAGAAGGAACCUUUAGCUUUCCCCCAGGGGCAUUUUAGAGACCUCAAUCCUUAAAAGUCUUCAGAGGCAGAGAAACAGGACCCGGGACCUUCUCGACACCCUUGGGUCCAGUGCAGAGCUGCACUAUCACCCAUAACUAGUAUUUAAUUUAAGCCCGCCGAAGAGGAGGGAGAGAGGAGCCAGAAGCAAACUUCGGCCGUCUCAGAGGAUCCGUGGUUCCCGCAUUUGGAAGCGCCGCGUGCCAGAAGGCGGAGGACCCCACGGGGAACGCACAGGAGUCGCGAGCCUCCCUCGCCCCCUCCGCGAGUCCGGCGCCGCGGACUGAGCCGCGCGGGACAGCAGCGGCGGAGGCAGCCAGGAGAAGAUGCGGAGCUCGGGGCCCCCGGGUGCGGGACGCCGGAGGCCCCCGGGCAACGGCGGCGGUGGAGGCGGCGACGGCCACCCCAGCACCCCUGCGUCUCUGGCCGGCUGCUAUUCCGCACCUCGCAGGGCCCCCCUCUGGACGUGCCUUCUCCUGUGCGCCGCGCUCCGGACCCUCCUGGCCAGCCCCAGCAACGAAGUGAAUUUAUUGGAUUCACGUACUGUCAUGGGGGACUUGGGAUGGAUUGCUUUUCCAAAAAAUGGGUGGGAAGAGAUUGGCGAAGUUGAUGAAAAUUAUGCCCCUAUCCACACAUACCAAGUAUGCAAAGUUAUGGAACAGAAUCAGAAUAACUGGCUUUUGACCAGUUGGAUUUCCAAUGAAGGUGCUUCCAGAAUCUUUAUAGAACUCAAGUUUACUCUGCGUGACUGCAACAGUCUUCCUGGAGGAUUGGGAACCUGUAAGGAAACCUUUAACAUGUAUUACUUUGAGUCGGAUGAUGAGAAUGGGAGAAACAUCAAGGAAAACCAGUACAUCAAAAUUGAUACCAUUGCUGCCGAUGAAAGCUUUACAGAGCUUGAUCUUGGUGACCGCGUUAUGAAACUGAAUACAGAGGUCAGAGAUGUAGGACCUCUAAGCAAGAAAGGAUUUUAUCUUGCCUUUCAAGAUGUGGGUGCUUGCAUUGCUCUGGUUUCUGUGCGUGUGUACUAUAAAAAAUGCCCUUCUGUGGUACGUCACUUGGCUGUGUUCCCUGACACAAUCACUGGAGCUGACUCCUCGCAGUUGCUUGAAGUGUCAGGUUCCUGUGUCAACCAUUCUGUGACAGACGAACCACCCAAAAUGCACUGCAGCGCUGAAGGGGAGUGGCUGGUGCCCAUCGGGAAAUGCAUGUGCAAGGCAGGAUAUGAGGAGAAAAAUGGCACCUGUCAAGUGUGCAGACCUGGGUUCUUCAAAGCCUCACCUCACAGCCAGACCUGCAGCAAAUGUCCACCUCACAGUUUUACCCAUGAGGAAGCUUCAACCUCUUGUGUCUGUGAAAAGGAUUAUUUCAGGAGGGAGUCUGAUCCACCCACAAUGGCAUGCACAAGACCCCCCUCUGCUCCUCGGAAUGCCAUCUCAAAUGUUAAUGAAACUAGUGUCUUUCUGGAAUGGAUUCCCCCUGCUGACACUGGUGGAAGGAAAGAUGUCUCAUAUUAUAUUGCAUGCAAGAAGUGCAACUCCCAUGCAGGUGUGUGUGACGAGUGUGGAGGUCAUGUCAGGUACCUCCCCCGGCAAAUCGGCCUGAAAAACACCUCUGUCAUGAUGGUGGAUCUGCUCGCUCACACAAACUAUACCUUUGAGAUUGAGGCAGUGAAUGGAGUGUCCGACUUGAGCCCAGGAGCCCGGCAAUAUGUGUCUGUAAAUGUAACCACAAAUCAAGCAGCCCCCUCUCCAGUCACCAAUGUGAAAAAGGGGAAGAUUGCAAAAAACAGUAUCUCUUUGUCUUGGCAAGAGCCAGAUCGCCCCAAUGGAAUCAUCCUGGAGUAUGAAAUUAAAUAUUUUGAGAAGGACCAAGAAACCAGCUAUACAAUUAUCAAAUCUAAAGAAACAACUGUAACUGCAGAGGGCUUGAAGCCAGCUUCAGUAUACGUCUUCCAAAUUCGAGCACGCACAGCAGCAGGCUAUGGUGUCUUCAGUCGAAGAUUUGAGUUUGAAACCAUCCCAGUGUCAGUUGCAGCCUCCAGCGAUCAAAGCCAGAUUCCUAUAAUUGCUGUGUCUGUGACAGUGGGAGUCAUUUUGUUGGCAGUGGUUAUCGGCUUCCUCCUCAGUGGAAGUUGCUGCGAAUGUGGCUGUGGAAGGGCUUCUUCCCUGUGCGCUGUUGCCCAUCCAAGCCUAAUAUGGCGGUGUGGUUACAGCAAAGCAAAGCAAGAUCCAGAAGAGGAAAAGAUGCAUUUUCAUAAUGGGCACAUUAAACUGCCAGGAGUAAGAACUUAUAUUGAUCCACACACCUAUGAGGAUCCCAAUCAAGCUGUCCAUGAAUUUGCCAAGGAGAUAGAAGCUUCAUGCAUCACCAUUGAAAGAGUUAUUGGAGCAGGUGAAUUUGGUGAAGUUUGUAGUGGACGGUUGAAACUUCCAGGAAAAAGGGAAUUACCUGUGGCAAUCAAAACCCUCAAAGUAGGCUAUACAGAAAAGCAACGCCGAGAUUUCCUGGGCGAAGCAAGUAUCAUGGGGCAGUUUGAUCAUCCUAACAUCAUCCACUUAGAAGGUGUUGUGACCAAAAGCAAACCCGUGAUGAUAGUGACGGAGUACAUGGAAAAUGGCUCUUUAGAUACAUUUUUAAAGAAAAACGAUGGGCAAUUCACUGUGAUUCAGCUUGUUGGCAUGCUGAGAGGCAUCGCUGCGGGAAUGAAGUACCUUUCCGACAUGGGCUACGUGCAUAGAGACCUUGCUGCCAGAAACAUCUUAAUCAACAGUAACCUUGUGUGCAAAGUGUCUGACUUUGGACUUUCCAGGGUGCUGGAAGACGAUCCCGAGGCAGCCUAUACCACCAGGGGAGGCAAAAUUCCAAUCAGAUGGACGGCCCCAGAAGCUAUAGCUUUCCGAAAGUUUACCUCUGCCAGUGAUGUCUGGAGCUAUGGAAUCGUGAUGUGGGAGGUUGUGUCUUAUGGGGAGAGACCCUAUUGGGAGAUGACCAAUCAAGACGUGAUUAAAGCAGUGGAGGAAGGCUACCGUCUGCCAAGCCCCAUGGACUGUCCUGCUGCUCUCUACCAGUUAAUGCUGGAUUGCUGGCAGAAAGACCGAAACAGCAGGCCCAAGUUUGAUGAAAUUGUCAACAUGUUGGAUAAGCUGAUACGUAACCCAAGUAGCUUGAAGACGCUGGUUAAUGCAUCGAGCAGGGUAUCUAAUUUAUUGGCAGAACAUGGCCCACUGGGAUCUGGGGCCUACAGAUCAGUAGGUGAAUGGCUAGAAGCAAUCAAAAUGGGCCGGUAUACAGAGAUUUUCAUGGAAAAUGGAUACAGUUCAAUGGACGCUGUGGCUCAGGUGACCUUGGAGGAUUUGAGACGGCUUGGAGUGACUCUUGUCGGUCACCAGAAGAAGAUCAUGAACAGCCUUCAAGAAAUGAAGGUGCAGCUGGUAAAUGGGAUGGUGCCACUGUAACUUCCUUUUCAUGUCACUUCGUCAAGUGAAUGAUUCUGCACUUUGUAAACAAGCCCUGAGAUUUAUUUUAACAAAAAAAAAGGGGGGAAAGGGAAAACUCAGUGAUUUCUAAACCUUAGGAGAGCCUUGGUUCAAGCCACAGAAUUUGUAAUCAGUGUUUUACUAAAAUCUCCUUAUCUUCCUCUCAGUGUCUUCGUUUUUCAUGAAGCAAGUAUAACCCGCAUAGAAUAAAAACAUGAGGUUAAACAUGAUCUUAUGUUGCAACAAGAAAAUCCUUUCCACUACUUCUACAAAAUUUUAUAAAUGAAAAUAUAACUAUAUAGAGCACCUUUACAGACUGAAUUAAGGCAGCCCCUUUCAAAACUUCCAAGAAUCUACUUGAAAGGAAAAGUUUAUAGCCAUUUGUGGGCUAACAAAAGCUGCAAUUUCCUGAAGUUUACUUCAAGUCUGAAUUGUCUACAUAAGUGUAUUGAAGAGCAAUAUGGUUAGAUAAUUUCCUAAUAGAUACCUUCUUUUGUAAUUUUAAAAUGCUGUUACACAGCGUUAAGUUAUAGAAACUAGUGUAUAAAUAUGUUGCUUGAUCAAGAACAAGUACAAUACAGGGUGUAUAUUUAUUUUUCUGUGUUAUAAAAUUUAUGUUUAGUUGCUCUUCUAGAAACUAUUAGGUAAUAAAUGUGUAUAUACUGUAUCAUUUGCUAUAUACCCAGGAAUCAAUUUAAGUUGGAGUUUCGUGUGUGAUGCUUGCACAUGCGUGCGUUACCAUUCUGCUUGCAUUUUUAAUAGUGUUUUAAUUUUAGCAACAUACAGGAACGAGUGUUCCAGAGUGUAAUAGGAAUAGGAGAAAUAGGGAAGCAGUAAAACAAAAUUGAACACAAGCUUGUGUCUUUCUUCCUCUCAUAUGUCCAAAAGCUACUAAAUCUCUUUAUUCACUAACGGGAAAUGUCUAUAAGAUUAAAUCCCCUUUGGCUUUUUGAAAACACUUUGUGAUAUCUGUGACAAUGCAGUUCUUCUAGCCAUUAAUCUUGCACCCCUGUAAGAAAUUUCACCUUUCUGAGUCCCAGAAAAUACCUUGUCAAGCAAAGUUGACACCGAAGGGCACAUUUUCAGCGGGAUGUAGAAGGAUUUAACUGUGCAGGCUUCUGUUAAUGUUGUUAAAUCCAGGCACAUAGCACUAAGCAUUACCCCUAAGUGUUAAUCCUUUGUAACCAUUUCCCUUGUGGUUCAGCUGUAGACAUUUUGAUACUAAGGCAGCAAUGGAAUGAUGAAAUAUAUAUAUAUAUAUAUAUAUAUAUAUAUAUAUAUAUAUAUACACACACACACACAUUUCCUUCAGAAUUUUCUUUGUUUCAAGAUUUAACAAGUUUUAUUUGUUGGUGGCUGUUUAUUCAUUUGGUAAUUUCAUCUUGUAUUCAGUGUCAUCAAAUCGAAUUUACUUUGAUAAACCAGUCCAAAGUAUUAUUUAAUUGGCUUUAUUAAGGAACUUAAGAUAUGUUUUGUGUACAUUCUAUGUGCCGCAUUUGGUUAAGACUGGCAUUUGUGGUACAAAUUAUACGGUUUAUUAUUAGAGUUCUAACAAAACUGACUCCUUGGUGAAGUAACAAUUUUUUAUGGUAUUGCAUUUUAUAGAACCAUGGAAAGAUACGUGAUUAUUCAAGGAGCACAGCAUUUGAACAAAGUAUAGCCUACUUAUGAUCAUCAAGGGCAAUAGUAUAUUGGAGUAGUCUGGGUUAAUGGAAUCUAUAGAAAAUAUUCCUGCAUGAUAUUAAUGGUGUUCUCUCUCUUUUCCAAGCACUUGUUUUAGUUGAAUGUUAGCCCAUACAAGAAUAAACCCUUAAGAAAUAACUUCUUUCUACCCUGCCCACCUUUUACUUAAGCAGUAAAGUAACUCCUUGCUAAAGAACAUGAGAAAGAAAGAAAGAAAGAAAGAAAGAAAGAAAGAAAGAAAGAAAGAGGAAAAAGAAAAAGUUGUAAGCAACUCUCAGAUGGUAUAUUAGUAUAUUUAGUUUGGUCCAGUUUGGGCUAUAAAUACGUACUAGGUCUAUACCUUACCAUGGGUUCUUAUAAAAUAUGGUUCAAGUAUACUUUAUUAGUUUUGUGAAAUUUUCAGAGAAAGUAAAGAAAGGUGGAUUUAGCAUUGUCUUGAUAAAAUCAGAAGUAAGCAGGCAUCACUAUUAUAAAAGAUGUCUUUGUUCAUUUCAAGAAACAAAAUGAACUAAACAUUCUUUUUUACAAAAUAAUUGGAGACUGUGUUGCACUUUAUUGAAUUUUGUAAAAACAACUGAACUUAAGUGAUAAAGUAACAACUGAGAAACUUCAAAGUAGGAACAGACAUAUUGAUUUAAAAGAUAAACUAUUGUAAGUGUUAGGACGAGUCACAGUUAUUUACACAUAACAAAGAUAUUUUCUGAAUUGUCUUCUAACUUUGUGUGUUCAAAAAUGAUUGGGAAGUCAGCACAAAGUAUAUCUAAGUGACUAGAACUUAAAGCUACAAUGUAGGUUUCCUCUUUUUCGAAGAAGAACAUUACAAAUUAGGAUGGAUCAGAUUCCUUCGCAAUCUUGGUGUUCAUUUUGGAAUGUAAAUUGAGAUGAAAGUUAGACACAUAGAUUUCAUUGAUAUUUCAAUUCGGUUGAGAAUUAUUUUUUUUUCCAUUUUGGUUGAGAAUGUCAAUAUGAUUUUAAAAGAAGUAAAGAGACUUCUAAAUAAGAUAUGCUCUCUCCCACGUAAAAUACAUACAUACAUACAUACAUACAUACAUAAAAAUAAAAAGAGGAAAGAAUUUCCUUCUAAAAUAUUUAUUCACUACUGGAUAUGUCACCAAUUGGGAAGUGCCAAUCUCAUCUAUAAAUGUGAGAAGUGGUACAGGGAGAAGAGGCAGCUCUUGUGAAAUGCAGUGAGGCAGUAACCCAGGGUGAGGUUUGACAAAUCUUGAUUGUGUGAUUUCUUCUCCUUUGGUUCAUUUUGUCACCCACCAGACAACUAACAAUAAAACAGAGACUCAAUAAUUUUAGCACAUAAGAUAGAUUUGUCAAAGAAUACAUAAUGUUAUUGUAGCUAUCAAGUAGCAAUACCUUUAAAGCAUGAGUCACUCUCAGAGUUGAACUUUGAAAAAUAUUUUUUCAAAAUACUGAUACCUGUUGAAGUCACUCAGUUACUACUUUUAUCAAUCAUAAUUUGUUUCUGAAUUUUUCUACUUGCUCACGUGUUCUUCUGGGCCAUUUGAAAUGUCUGAAUUGUAUGUAAAAAAUGUGAGGAUUCUGAUUUUCCCAUUUAAAAAAAAUAAUGUGCAUGAUCUUUUAUGUCUUCUAUUUUAAUCACCAAAUCAGUGUUCUAAAGUUGUAGGAUUACUGUAAAAUCUAUAUUCCAAUAUUCUGUCCAAACUUAAAUGUGGCCAGCAUUAUUAGUUUUGGAGUUGCCAAAACAAUACAGAACAUCCUUCAUUUAGUUUGUAAAGAGUCUUAACCAGUAUGCAAUGGUGAAGAGAUAGUUUCACAUCUUAAGUUUAAAAUGAAAAUUAUUAUCUGUUGAACACUUAUGUGUUUGCAUGUCUACUAUUUAAUCUCUGUGUCAAAGUCAAAGAUUUUUUUUUAACACCAUUCUUCCUCCCAUUUAAAGUGGAUGUUCAGAAGCACAAGUAGAGAUAUUUAUCUGUGGAAGACAUUUUUGUUUGUAACGGUGCAUUGGAUGGAAAAUGCUAUUUGCAUCAGAUGUUAGAAAUUUACUAGAUGAAUGAUGUUGCGUAAUAGAAUAAGAUCUUUUUUUCCCAUUUUUUCUUUCUAAAAAUGAGAAAACAAAAAUCUAAGUAUGAUAGUAAACUGUCUUUGCUUAUGUUCUGCCAGAUGUUUCAACUCAAAAUAAGUAAAAAGUAGGUACAAUGUGAUGAUGAUGAUGAUGAUGAUGAAUGAACAACAAAAUGCUAGUUUUAUGAAAUUAAUAACUACAAUAAGUCAUCAUUGCUUCAACUCUGUAGCACAGCUGGUUACAUGGAAUAUUUUUCUGUAUUAUGUCGUUAAUUAUAUAGUAAUGUAUCAAAGGAGAAAAAGAUAAUAACUUUUCUUUUCAUGUUGGUUUAUGAAAAAAAUCUUUUUACACAUGAAUGAUUGAAUGUUCUUGUUCAGAAUGACCACAAAAUUAUUGCUUAAGAGAAGACACAAUUCUUAAAAAAAAAAAAGAGAGAGAGAGAGAGUUGAUCUAUAAUAAUAAGAAUCAAAUGUCAUUUGUUUCUUCUAAAUGUAAAUGAAAAAAAUUGAAGGUGGCAACAUACAUCAUGUUUAUUCAGUCCGAGAUAUAUUAACAGUAAAGGUUUUAGUGGUCAACAUAUUUGUGAAUCUUUAGAUUGCUAUAGUUUCACAUUCAAUAAUUUUACAGUAUGUAAAUUUCAUUUAUAAUAGUCUAAGAAUAAAAUUUAGACUCAGUCACUUGUUAAUAUGUUUAUUAAAUUCUCUUAGUUUCAGGCAGGUCAGAAGCAGUUGUAUAGAGUAUCUUAUUCUAUGCUAGGCAUCAGGAUAUCUCAAAUUCUUGCCUGAGCAUUAAUUCAAGAAAGGAUUAGCAUUUCUGUAUCUUUACCCCAUUUGAAGCUCUAUGUGCAUUUCGUUUGUGUACAUGUUUUUGUAGUGUAAGAUACGAAAUUUUAUAUUUUUUCAGAAAAUAAAAAAAACCCUUUGAAUACAGUUAAAUCCGAUUGUCAUGCUUGACCCUCCCCCAAAAGACUUUAAAGUUACAGACUUUGUAUAAUGAUUUCAGUCAGUUCUAAUAAAAAUGUUUGAAUUUCCUAUGCUAAA